GCAUGGGCAUCCUUACAUCAUAACUUCCUAGCGUAUCCUGACAGGGAAGAGAUAUUUGUGAAGUGUGGCAAGGCUAUGGCCUAUUUUUUCACGCAGUACGACGACGAUUUCCUCGAGCGGGCAAACGACGAUAUGAGUAUUAUCCUAACUUUUGCUGGUCUAUUCUCAGCCGUCAACUCUACCUUCAUCACUGGAAUGCAGCCCAACCCGGGAAACACAACAAAUGCCCUCUUGUUGUACCUGAUCCAGGUCACUGUUGACCCAAAUGCCCCGCAUGACAUCAGCAAUAGUAUUUCGUCGCCCACGGGCUAUUCUUCUUCAACUGUCUGGAUGCAGACGCUUGCUUAUGCUAGCCUCGCAUUUAGUGUCUUGGCCGCGUUCGGAGCUGUCAUGGGAAAACAGUGGCUCAACCAAGGCAGCUCGAGGACGAGGGUCUCUUGAAGAACGCGGCAUACAGAGGCAGACGAAGCUGGAUGGGCUAGAGCACUUUCACUUGCAGACCGUCUUGCAGGCAUUCUUUGUGCUCAUCCAGACUUCGCUGUUCCUCUUCGGCUUGUCACUCAGCGCCAACAUGUGGACCCAGCAAACGACGAUAUCCAGUGUCAUUAUUUGUACAACAGCCUUCGGCAUCCUCUUUUGCGCAGGCACUAUCUUUGUGUCACUAUGGCGUCCGGACAGUCCU